GAUGUCAAUGCCCCAAAGCAUCCGACCUCAACGUACCUCUACAGCCAAAACGCUCGCCAGUGAUACAUCGAAAUUCUUCCAAGGUUUGGUUGUGUGAGCAGCCCAGCGCAGCACAGCCUGACCUCUUCUGUCCCUUUGUCACUGAUGAAGAUCAUCGUCUCGUAGGACCUCUACCCACCCGUGUCUCCAAGGUGAGGCAUACACCUUUAUCUCAGGUAUUCGCUGUACAUAUCAUUCGGGCGGCCUGCGCCUCCUGCUAGCAUUCAUCUACUGUUUCUGCCCAGUUUUCUCCCAGUUUUAACCGUUUUGGCGGGGUUAGCCUUAUACGACUGCUCCCCCACCGCCGACCUCCUGCUCGGGCCGCAGCCCACCGUUGGCGGUUUGUCCUCUUCUCGUUCUCGCUCCUUCGGAGGAUUCCAUCACGAAUCCCUCUCGCCUCCUCCCAACAACACCUUUGGCUGUCGCACUCAAUCUAAACCGACCUAUUGGAUCCCCAACCUUUGCAUGCUGUUUCAACAGCAUAAGUCUGGACAAUGGCGGACGUAGAUGUUGCGCCGACCUUCGGCGCUGAGCUCAAGGAUGGCUUCAAGCCCGCCAACACUUGGGUUGCUCACGGCAUAUCCUGGCUCGACGAAAUACAGCAAUUCUACCGCGAAAGGAGUGCCAUCGAAAAGGAAUAUGCUGCGAAGCUCAAUGCCUUGGCCAAGAAGUACUUCGAAAAGAAGAACAAGAAGUCAGCGCCUCUCAGCGUCGGCGACACCCCCGCCAUGACACCAGGUUCUCUCGAAAGCGCCUCCUUGACUACCUGGUCUACGCAGCUUACUACACUCGAAUCCCGAGCCGACGAACACGAUCGAUACGGCAACAACCUCCUCUCUCAAGUGGCUGAACCUCUCAAGUUCCUCGGCACCCGUUUCGAAGAGCUGCGCAAGCGUCAUGCCGACUAUGCCGGCAAACUCGAACACGAAAGGGAUUCUCAAUACGCGGACCUGCGCAAGACAAAGGCCAAAUACGAUGCUGCUUGUCAGGAAGUGGAAAGCAAGCGCAAAAAGUCUGAAUCGUCCUUUGACAAGGCCAAAGCGCAGAGCGCCUAUCAGCAGCAGAUUCUAGACAUGAACAACGUCAAGAACACCUACUUGAUCGCAAUCAAUGUCACGAACAAGCAAAAAGAGCGGUACUACCAUGACUACGUUCCCGAGGUCAUGGACAGUCUGCAGGACUUGGCUGAGUUCCGUACCAUGAAGCUGAAUGGUCUGUGGACGGUCGCAUCCCAAUUGGAAGCGGCUAUGCUGGAGAGCAGUAACGGAUUGAUGCAAAAGCUAGCAACCGAGAUUUCUAGAAACCAGCCUCACCUCGACUCUAUGAUGUAUAUCCGUCACAACCUCGGUGCAUUUCACGAGCCACCAGACAAGGUCUUCGAGCCUAGUCCCGUGUGGCAUGACGACGACUUGAUGAUUGUAGACGAAUCCGCCAAGAUCUAUCUCCGUAACGUACUCAGUAAAUCGAAAGCUCAUCUCGGAGACCUACGCAGAGAGGUUGACAAGAAAAGACGGGAGGUUGAGGGUAUCAAGCGUGUAAAGCAAAGAAUACGAGAGGGCACCGAGAAGAAGGAUGAAGUUCUUGUGGUUACGCAAAUCUUCGCAUUGCAGGAAGAUCUCCAUGCCGUCGACAGGCGGAGAGUGACCGCUGAAGUCGAGACGUCCACCAUUACCUCGGCUGUGGGAGACGUGACACUUGGAGCGAAGAACCACAACUUCAAGGCGCAAACCUUCAAGAUUCCAACAAAUUGCGACCUUUGCGGUGAAAGAAUAUGGGGAUUAUCAGCCAAAGGCUUUGACUGCAGGGACUGUGGCUAUACGUGUCACAACAAGUGCGAGAUGAAGGUUCCAGCCGACUGCCCAGGCGAGCAGACGAAGGAUGAACGAAAGAAGCUCAAGGCCGAACGCCAAGAGGCUGCCAACUCGCUGUUGAAACCGACCGCGUCCUCUCCUACCGUCGCAACAGAUUCGCCGACCCUAACGAGAUCGAAUACGAUGAAUUCCUUGAGUUCAGGAUACGCGCAUAGCGCACGUCGGUCGAUAACUGGGGGCCCGACAUCGCCGAUAGAUGAGGUUCCUCCUGAGCCAUCGACACCCCGCCCAGCUGCUCCUGCGUCGACUGUUAGCUCUACUACGGCCCGUAAGAGGGUCAUGGCUCCGCCGCCAGCAGCCUAUAUCAGCGAAAUACCUGGUAGCGCGCCGAAUGGGUCGGGCUCUUCAGACCAGCAGAAGGGCAAGAUGCUCUACACCUUUGAAGCUAGUGGCGACGGUGAAGUAUCUGUAGUUGAAGGCCGGGAAGUCACAAUGCUGGAACCUGAUGAUGGCACUGGCUGGGUCAAGGUGCGCGCAGGAUACAAAGAAGGCAUUGUGCCCGCCAGCUACGUCGACUGGGCACCACCAUCGCCCAUGGUCGCGCAAAACACCGGAGCGUCUGCCCGGCCCGAGUCGACGUACUCUAACUCCGGCUCCUCGAUUGGGACAGCGGGACCGAAGAAGAAGGGGCCAGCAGUCGCUCCGAAGCGCGGGGCCAAGAAACUCAAGUACGUGGAGGCGUUGUACGAGUACACGGCGCAAAGCGACGCAGAGCACAGCAUGACAGAGGGCGAGAGAUUUGUCCUCAUCAAGGACGAUCCGGGCGACGGUUGGGCCGAGGUCGAAAAGGGCGGCGCGACGAAGAGCGUGCCUGCAAGCUACGUCCAGGCAGUCUAGGAGUCGUGUGCUCGGAGACGAAGAAGUUAUAGGACGUUGAAGCCGCUCGCGGCGGCGGCGGAGGACAUUGUGCUGCGAGACAUUUCACAAGUGCCGCAGAAGCACGUUACGCAGCAAAAGGGGUUUGAGACGGAGAGAGAGGGUUAUCGAGGGCCGCCUCGAGCAGCGGAUCCUGCGGCAAUGUUUUACGCGGAACAUGUGACCAGCGUCCGGCUGGUGAAGCGAAACCAGAGCCAGAGAGAGCGGCGGAAGUCGAAGCUGGACGAUGUUGCUGCGUGGCGGAGAUCAAGAGAACGAAGUAGCAUAGGUUAAGGUGCAUGCAUUCAGUGCUCUGGACUCUUUUUUCUACAUAUAAGUCGGCGGGAGUCGAGUUGGAGCAUCAGGAGGGGG